UCCUGUCGGUUCUGGUCCUGUCGGAGCUCGGACGGCUCGGUAUGGGUUCUUGACGGUAAACGGUGUGUUGGAUCAGAACCGGAUGGCAGCGGGAGGAUCUUCCGACAGCUGAGCUGUGCCGGCAGUGCCACAGUCCAGGUUCUGAUGARACCAUGAGAACCCACACUCGUGGGGCCCCCACAGUCUUCUUCCUAAGUCUGCUGUGGCCCCUGCUCACUCCAGCGCCGGCAGCAGAGGCGGACCCCAGCGGAGGGAUCCCCUUCAUGGGGGGUAACUAUGAGGGUCACCCCAUGCUGUACUUUGGCCGGGGGGACGUGGAGGAGCUGCAGUACGCCGCRGCCGGGACUCACCGAGACAUGGCCCGGAGGAUCCGGGAGGCGGGGGAGGCCAUGCUGGAGCACCCCGAGGAGUACCUGCCCCCCUGGAGCCCUGCGGAGUUCAGCGCCCGCUGGAACGAGGUCUACGGGAACAACUUGGGGGUCCUGGCCAUGUUCUGCCUGCUGUACCCCCACAGGGCCGGAGCCCUGGACCUGGUCAAGGACUACAUGGAGAGGAUGGCGGCGCAGCCUAGCUGCUGUAAGCUGAGCGUACCCCCUCCCCCUCCCCCAGGGAGAGGAAAUGAAACGUUCAGGCCUCAGCUGAGUCCAGUGAAGGAGAGGGAGGAGGACUUCUGUAGACCCUGUGUCACCUGCUGUGUUCCAGGUUACCUGCAGGAGGCCUACCUGUGGACCAAGCAGGUGCUGUCCAUCAUGGAGAAGUCCAUGGUCCUUCUGCAGGACGUGACGGACGGCUCGCUGUAUGAGGGCGUGGCCUAUGGGACCUACAGCACCCGCUCUCUGUUCCAGUACAUGUUUCUGGUGCAGAGACACUUCUCCAUCGGACACUUCACCCACCCCUGGCUGCUCCGUCACUUCUCCUUCCUCUACAGAACCAUCCUGCCAGGAUUUCAGAGGACUGUAGCCAUCGCUGACUCCAACUACAACUGGUUUUACGGCCCAGAGAGCCAGCUGGUCUUCUUGGACCGCUACGUGUUGCGUAACGGCAGUGGGAACUGGCUGGCAGGUCUCAUUCAUCAGAACAGAGUCACAGAAGGACCGGGGCAGGCGGGGAAAGGCCAGAGAUGGUGCACCCUGCACACAGAGUUUCUUUGGUAUGACCCAGGCUUGGCCCCAAAACCUCCACCAGAUUUUGGGACUUCUCAGCUCCACUACUUUGAGGACUGGGGUGUGGUCACAUAUGGUAGCUCUUUGCCUGUAGACACCAACAGCUCCUUUCUGUCCUUCAAGUCCGGUAAACUGGGGGGACGUGCCAUCUUUGAUACAGUUCACAAGAGCAAGUACAAAGAAUGGAUCAAGGGCUGGAGGAACUUUAAUGCUGGUCACGAGCACCCCGAUCAAAACACGUUCACCUUUGCACCCAAYGGUGUCCCGUUCAUCACAGAGGCUUUGUAUGGACCCAAGUACACUUUGUUGAACAAUGCGGUGUUGUUUGGUGCAGCCCUCACAGGAAGCUGCUUUGAGCCCUGGGUUGGACAGGUCACAGAGGCCUGUGACUCCAAGUGGCUGAAGUACAAACUGGGCCUCGCUGCUGAUGCUCAGGGCCAAGUACAAGCUGCUCUGAAGAGAGACCAGAUGGUUUUCAUUCGAGGUGAAGCACGUUCUGCCUAUAAUCCAGCACUGAAACUCAGGAACUUCCAGAGGAACCUGCUCCUUCUUCACCCACAGCUCCUAGUUCUGGUGGACCACAUCCAUCUGGAUUCAGACAGCCCAGCCAGGGCUAUGAGCGCCUUCUUUCACAACACCGAGUUGCCAUUCCAGAGUACAAAAGUAGAUGGUGUUCAUGGAGCAUUUGUAACUCAUGGGGAGGACAAAUAUAAGAUGUUCUGGAUGGAUGACACAAACUCCAGCAAUAAAGGGAGGGUGGGUUACUGGACUUACCCUCGAGGGUACCCCUAUAAUGGCUCUAACUAUGUCAAUGUCACUAUGCCACUCAGGUACCCACACACAAGGGUGGCCUACAUAUUCUUUGGGCCGGACAUGGAUGUACAGAGCUUUAGCUUACGUGGAGAUGAUCAGAGGGUGGAUGUUUACCUUGCCACUAAGGACCACACCUACACCAUCUACCUGCUGACCGGAGAAGUCACCAGCAAGCCUCUGUUCGCCAUGGUGCUGCUGGACCACAAGAAGAUUGUGUUUGAGAGGGCAGCCGGUGUGGUGGACACAUCACCUGAGGAGGUUGAAGAAUAYGUCAAUGUGAUGGAGGACAACCUCCAGCAUGUGAAGCCUGUCUUCCAGCAGAUGGAGAGACACAUACUGGGACGGGUCCUUAACACCGCCACCUUUCGUAAGACUGCAGAGCGCCUCCUCCAGUUCUCCGACAAAAAGAAGACAGAGGAAGUCAUCGAGAAAAUGUUUGCUAUGUCAAAAAAACAAAACAAAGGUAAAGGAGGGAAGAAGAUGAACCUUGGAGAAAGGCUUUCUGAAAGUAUGCCAGACAUGUUUGCACAAAUUGAGUUAAAYGAAAAGAAGGAGAGACAGAGGACUUCAAAACGCACAUAUGAGGACAGCCCAGAGGAAGGCGAUGCAGAUUCACGAGCCUUUAUAGAUUAUACAGAUGGUCGCAAGAACCGAAAGGGGGCUUUUGUCAAGGGGCGCAGAUUUAAGGAGGUUCACAUGGUGGCCACAGCAAGGAGUGAAAAGGUCUCCAGUACAGCUUCCUACAUCAGACUAUUCCUCCUCUUGAACACUGCCACAUUUUUUUUACUGCUGGCUGUGCUGCUCACCCGCUUUCAGAGGAGUCCAAGUCUGCACACCCAGAGAUGUUUCUACAGCAUUCUUCUGAUCGACUGUUUCAUCCUGCUGUUUCUCUACUCCUCCUGCUCCUACACACAGUGCUGACACCAAGUUAUACAGUGC